AUGAAGCUUGCCCUUUACGACGAUUUCCAGCUUGGAGUGAUCACCGGCGACCGCAUCGCGAACGCGAUGGCGGCGGUGGCGGGAAUGAGCUUUCGCCGUCCCCAAGACAUGAUCGAAGAGGUAAUCAUCAACUGGGACGACAUUCGCCCUCGCAUCGAGGCCGCUGUACAUGGCAAGGAGGGCGUCCCGUUGAACGGCGUACGGCUGCGGGCGCCGGUGCUCGCCCGCCCAAGCUGA